GCACAGACAGAGCAUUAUGUGGAGUACCAGCUGGUACCACGGGCUCCUCAUCCUCCCUGUGUCUUCAUUCUGUUAGUCCCCCACAAAUCAGGACAUGGAUCAAAAAUGGAAACGCCAACCUGUGACCGUCAUCAUCAUCAUCACCCUUUGUUUUUGUACGUUUGGUUCCACUCAAAGACUUUGUACAGUGCCCGCUGGUCCUGUGUCUGUCCCGGAGAACAGCACCGCUGACCUCCAAGUUGUAAAAAUAAGCUCUGGUAGUGACGUAACACUGAAUGUUGUGGUGAACCCUGAAGAAAAGUUUUACCUGAAAGGCAAAGCCCUGAUGGUGAAAAAAGAACUGGAUUAUGAGGCUUUGCCCAGCAGAGCAGCUCUGGUGGUGUGGGUACAAUGCAGCAGACCAGGCUCCAAAUCUGUCAAUGAGUCUGUGGAAGUACUGGUGGAAAAUAUAAACGAUAACCCCCCAAACUUUGCUCAGAAUAACUACGUACUGGAAGUAAAUGAGCUAACACCUGUCAAUUCCAGUGUUGGACUGAUAGAAGCCACUGAUGCUGAUUCUGAACCACUAUUUUAUCGCUUAGAAUCUACCAUGGACAAAUACUUUCGGCUGGAGAACAUCAACACUCCAAAAUUACUUGUGAAAAGUGUUAUAGACUACGAUGUUGUUCAGAAAAUCUCAUUGAUUUUACACGUACAGGACACAUUUAAUGGGUCAGCCUCCAAUGAGCCCUUCUUCACAUCCGUGGCCACCAUCACAGUGCAUAUAAAGGAUGUAGACAACCGUCCGCCCUGGUUUCAGCCUUGCUUAAGGACUAAUUUAGGGCUUGCCAAAUUGUGUGUGAGCACUGGUUAUAGAGGCAAAGUCAAUCUGACUGAGAAGGAGGAAGGCCCGCUGACGCUGGAACCAGGCCCAGUUUUUGCAAAAGAUGGAGACAAGAACAGGAGUGAACAGAUCAGCUACCGGAUUUUAAGAGGGAAUGAUGGAAAUCUAUUCCAGAUAGAUGAAGAUACAGGAAAUAUCAGCAUGACGAAAGCUGCCGAUAUUGUGGGCCCGAUAACACUCACAGUUAUGGCAUCACAAGUGACCAACAGGGAUCAGUUUGCUGUGACACAGGUGACCUUUGAUGUAACCAAGAAGAGCAGAAACCCUCCACAGUUUGAAAAGGAGCGUUACGAGGGCUUUAUUUACAGCAAUUCUAUACCUGAGAGCAUGAUCCUCAGAGACCGCAGUAGCAACAGACCCUUUAGGGUCCGAGCGCGAGAUGAAGACUUUGCCGGUGGUGUGAAUCCAGAUGUAAAAUAUGAGGUGCAGUACAGCAGUUACGUCAAUGUGACCUCAGAUGGUUUUGUGGUUCUGAAGAGAGUUGUCAAAACGGAGUCGUUUGUUUUACAGCUUAGAGCAGUGGACACAACAACAGGAGAAUUUGGUACAGCCGCCCUCUCUGUUCAGGUUAUACCUGCUGAUGCCAUGCCGUCCCCUUCAAAUGUUGGCUAUCGUGCGGGUGACAUGGCACUCCUCGGGCUGGUUAUGGCGGCUUUGCUGGUCCUCUGCCUUAUUGUGAUUGGCUUCUUGAUUUCCCGUCUAUGGAAGGGGCACUCCAGCGGUGAUAAAAUAUGUGAGUGCUUGGACUGUCUGAAGUCUGAGCAGCCAAACAGGGGCCGCAGAGACUCCCUGCAGUACACCAAUGAUGGCUUCCAGAAUGAGGCUGACGGAAGCCGUGGCCGCUGGAGGAAGGCCCUUCCCAGGCGGAGCACCUUCCCCGGGGGCCAAGUCAUGCCAUUGGGGAGACGCAACCGCCACUGUUCCUCCUGCGGUGUCUUUACUAACCAUGCCCCCAAAGGGAGUCCCUCAGUAAGACCCUCCAGGAGAGGGAGAGGAGAUGGAGAUGAUUACAGCUCAAGGGCCAUGCUGGCCAAGCAGAGGAGGAAGGAGGGGCAGAAAACUGUAUGGUUCAAGGAGAUCGAGGACUCCUCAGACAUUGAGGUGGAGAUUAUCCCGGACACGGUGGGCCGGGUGGAGGAGGAGACGCAGGAGGAGCUGGAAGGGGAGUUGGUGAUGGAGGGAGUAGUCAAAGACAAAAAAUCUAAUGAUGGGCAGGAAAACCACAGCACGGAGCCUAGAGCAGAACAGGACAAUGGUAGCGCCGCAUCGGAUCAGGAGAAGGAAACAAACAAGCGGGAUGGCUGACAGGACGUCCGGCUCAAGUCAGUAUUACUUUUGGAUACUGUCUGCAGCCAAGGUCUGAACAGUCCAGUCCAUGAAGACUCAACAUGUGGAUAUAAAAUAUUGGUUUGAUUAGCACAAGCUGCUCAAAUAUCGUUCUUUCUUAUGAUGAUGACUCAAGAUUAUACUUUAAAGCUCAAAUGUCAGUCUUGUGACGAGUUGGAUAGGUUUUAACAUUUGCCAAGUAAACUAAACUGCAACAUCAGUCAAUAUGAUGGAGCAAAAUGAAAAAGACAAUCAGGAAAAAAAAAGUCUUUCCUAUAAUACAUGCAGUUUUAGAGAGUAGUUACUGCUGCAUUACAAAUAUUGAAAAUGUGCACAAUUGCAGUGUUUUUUUUUUUUUAUCUUAACAAAUAUGACAGCUUUUAUGACUGAAAUUCACAAAUGUAUUCAAGUGUGUCAGUGAACACACCCCAGAGAACAUACUGUUGCUACAUUGUGUGUUUGUUUUAUUAUUAAUUCACUAUGUAGCUUUGAGGUAAUGGAAAUGGAACCAGACUUCUAAAUAUCUGUAGGAUUUUAAUAAAUAAAAAAAUCAAGAAACCUUAAAAAUA